AUGUUGGUAGGAAAUUCAAAUAUGUCCGUACAACCUACGGACUUGUUGUUUAGCAAUUUUAAUCAACUUAGAAAAGUUCCAGAAAUUGAUACUAAUGGUGGAACAAUUUUAAGUAUUGAAGAGAGAGAAGAAAUUGAUCCAACAGAUAAUUGUAAAGUUCAAGUUAUUGUUUAUCAUAUAUUAUCUGCUGAUGGAACUGAAGAAAGUACUACAACAACUAGAAGAAAGCUUAAAGUUAAUUGUACACAAAGUUUACGAAGAUUAGAAUUUACUGAUGGUAAAGAAGCUAAAGUUGAAGAAAAAACUGAAUUAAUUACUGGUGAUUUAUAUGGUUUUCAUGAACCUGUAAUAAAAGAUAACUCACAACAUGUUAAAUUUGAAGUUAAUGAUCCUAAUUCACAAUUUAUUUUAAAUGAUAUGUAUCGUCAAUCUGAAACAGGAUUCAUGAAUUUAUUAAAUCAAGAAAAAAAUACAUUUUUGGAAUUGUUUCCAGAUCUUUUCAGUGAAAUGAGAACAAAACCAAAAUUUUUUGAAAUGCCAUCUACAAAAGCUGAAACUAUUGUUAAUCCUGAUGGUAGUACUACAACUAAAUAUCAUUCAUCAAAAAGUUAUAGUUCACAUUUUUCUAAACAAGAAACAUUUAUUAAUGGUAUUAAAAAAGAAUCAAAAAGUAAAUUUAGAGCUUUCCUAGAAUAUAAAGGACCUCAAGGAGGUUUUCAAUUAAAAAUGAAUGAUAAUGCUGAUGGUGAUAUAAGUGAGGAUGAUGAAACAGAAAAUGAUGAUAGAACAUCACGUCUUGCUUUAAGUGAAAUUGCUGAUAAUCAUUCUGAAUUUGCUAUUGAAGGUUCUAGAUCUGUACCAUCAAUAUCUGCUACAUCAACUAAAAGAUAUGAUAAAGCAUGGCAUGCUGUAAAGGAACUUGUUGAUUCUGAACAACGUUAUGUUGAUAAAUUACGUCUUCUUGAAGAUAUCUUCCGUAAACAAGUUGUUGAAGAGAAAGCACUCGAUAAAUCAACAAUUUCUUAUAUAUUUGCAAAUAUUUCAUCACUUUAUCAAUUUCAUAAUUCGCAUUUACUUCCUCAAUUGAUGGAUCGUUUAAGAGAGUGGUCUUCAUGUAGAAAAAUUUGCGAUGUUGUUAAAAAACAAGCACCAUUUUUAAAAAUGUAUUCAGAAUAUACACAUAAUUAUAAAAAAGCAACAUCAAUAUUUGAGGAAUCUCUUAAAAAGAAAAAACAUUUUGCCCAAAUUGUUAAAAAAAUUGAAAAAAUGAAUGAAUGUGAAAAUCUUCCACUUGUAUCACAUCUUAUAUGUCCUGUUCAAAGAGUUAUGCGUUAUCAAUUAUUAUUACAAGAAUACAAAAAACAUCUUGUUGAAUCUGAUCCAGAUUAUAAAGAUUGUGAAAUUGCUUUAAGUUUAGUUUUAGAAGCUGCAUCACAUGCUAAUGAAAUGAUGAGAAAAUUAGAUAGAUAUAAAAAUGUCUUAGAGGUACAAGAACAAUUAGGAAAUACUAUAACAUUAGUAUCACCAUCAAGAGAAUUAUUAAAAAAAGUUAAACUUUUAAAAAUAAGUUCAAGUACCAAUAAAGCUGAAGAACGUAUACUUUUUGUAUUUAAUGAUUUAUUUUUAUUAGCAUCUGAAAGAAAUAUGUUUGGUGUUAUUAAAUUUAAAAUGAGAGCUAUUUUUGAUGCAUAUUAUUCACAGAUAUAUGAAGGUGACAACCUAGAAAGAGAACAUAGUUUUUAUUUAAGGGGAACUGAUGGUAUAAUUGAAAAUCAACCUCAAAGACCAAGUAGGAGAAUUGAGUUGUCAUGUGAGAGUGCCAAAGAAAAAAAUGACCUUAUGCAAUUGUUAUGGAAUGUUAUAAAUGAUGCCAAUGACCGUAAAAAUUCAUUUCCCAAAAGUAUUUCGUGUAGUAGUAGUUUUUCAUCAGGAAAAUAUGAAACAAAAUGGUGUGUUAAAUGUGAAAAUGAUAUUCGUUGGCCAUCAAAAUCAUAUAAAUGUUCUGGUUGUAAAUUAAAAUAUUGCAAAAGAUGUUUUGGUAAUCUUAGAAAUGAAGAUAAAAAAAAUAGAAUAUGUAAUAUUUGUAAUGUAAAUAUGGAUGAGAAUGGACAAUUAGCAUUAUCAAAAUUAUUAACACGUCUUGAUAUGCUUGCUAUACCAGCAACUGAAGGUGAAAUUUUACAUUCAAGUUCUGUUAUUCUUAAAUUUAAUGGACGUCUAGUUCAUAGAUAUUUUGUUCUUCGCAAAGAUUUUUGUCUAUAUUCAUAUGCCACAGAUGAAGAUAAUGUUGCUUUAGCAAUGUGCCCUGUAUCAGGAUGUGAAGUUUCUCAUAGUAAUGAAAAACAUGGUUUUCAAUUAAAACACAUCAAUAGAACUUAUGAUAUUUUAGCCCAUGAUGCUGCUUCUCAAGCUAAAUGGAUGGCUGUUCUUGACUUAGCCGCAAACGCACGACAUCCUAGUCAUACAAUUGAUGAUGAAAAUAGCAGUGGCGAAGAAUCAAAUAAUAAUAAAAAAAAAAGAGUUUCUAAUCUUUUUUAA